AUGGCUGAUAGGUAUUCAUUCUCAUUAACAACAUUUUCACCAAGGUACGUAAUUUUGAUCGGGAAUUAGAGAUAUACUGGGCACACGAUGGUGUGUGGUAGUCGAAUUGACCUUUCAGUGUCGAUUAUAUCUUCGAGAUGACGGAAUACUAACAAAUAAUAGUGGUAAAUUGGUACAAAUUGAAUAUGCGUUAAAUGCAGUUAAACAAGGUGUUACUACCAUCGGUAUCAAGUCGGCCAAUGGGGUUGUGAUUGCCACAGAACGUAAGGCCAACUCCAAUCUUCUUAAAGCAGAAUCCAAUAAUAAAGUGGAAUUAA